AUGUCUUCUAGCCAUAAUUUUGUCUGGGAUAGUGCAUGUGUACCUGACAAAAUUUCUAUUGCUUCUAGAGUGAGACAAGAAUUGAAGAACACUGUUAGCAAUGGCAACAUAGAUGUUGUAAGCAUCUUAUCAAAAAACGGAGUUCAAGUUACUCAAAUUACUAACAAGGGCAAUACGCCAUUGCAUAUAGCUUCUUCCAAGAGUAAGCUAAGUAAGCUAAGAGCAGUAAGGUAUGAUCAGUUCUUAGCUAUAACAAAUACACAUGAUAAUCAAGAGAGUACAUUAUUGCAAGUUGCUACAUCUAAUAAACACAAGAAUAUUACAAGUAUAUUGUUAAAAAUGCUGGAAGAGCCAGAUAAAGAUCAAUUACAGUUUAGUUCUAAAUAUGAGGAGGAUCGACUUGAAAAGCUUAAAAGUGCUGCAGUGUUGCAUAUAAAAUGUUCUGAGCUUUUUUACCUUCCUACGUUACGGAGCAUGUCGCAACCAUAUGAUUCAGAAAAGAAUCCUUAUCCUUGGAAGACCCUUAAGGAUGGUUCUUAUUACUUAACAAAUGCAUAUCUCUUAGUUGAGUUAUAUAAAUGUUGUGUAACUGGUUCGAUAGAUAAUGGAAACAUACAAUCAGUAAAUGAUAUGUUAGUAACACUAGAAUAUGAUCCAAAACACAUGCCAGAGUAUACAGAGAAAGCUUACAGUGGAGAGGCUGAAUGCUUUGUUUCGAAAGGGCAAGGUACAAAAUAUUACAAAUUACUGCAUAGUGAGUUAAAGACAGAUGUAAGAUCGUUUAUAGAAAUGGUUGAACUUAAUAUUGACAUUCCUGUGAAAAGGUUUUUAAAGACAAUCAAACAGAGAUUACAGUCUGCUGUUACUGACAAAUUAAUUGAGGCCAUAAAAAAUGCUAACCCUUUAGCGGUUGAGAAUUGCAUCAAAAAGGGGGUAGUUGUUAACUUCAAAGAUAACGAUGGAAGAACACCAUUACACUAUGCCGUUAACACCGGCAACAUAGAUGUUGUAAGAAUUUUAUUAAAAAACGGUGCUCAAGUUGCUGAAAUUACUAACAUGGGCAAUACGCCAUUACAUACAGCUUCUUUAAAAGGUUACACAGAAGUUGUUGAAAUUUUAUUACGAUAUGUAAGUCUUGAUAAACUAAAUGACUUUAUUAAUGCUAGAACAAUUGCUGAUGGCACUACAUCACUUCAUGUUGCGGCUAAAGGUGGCUUCUUAAAAAUUGUAAAAACUUUAUUAAAAUGUGGUGCAACUUAUAACAUUAAAAAUAAAGAAGGCAAAAUACCUAUUAAUCUUUCCAAGGAUCAGGAAGUUGUUAAUUUACUGGAAUUAAUCGAAGAAUUGUUUAGAGAUAUAAAAAAUGGUAAUGUUGAAUUUAUCAGUAAGCUAAGAGCAGUAAAGUAUGAUGAGUUCUUAGUUAUAACGAAUACACAUGAUAAUCAAAGGGAUACAUUAUUGACAAUUGCUACAGUUAAUAAACACAUGAAUAUUGCAGGAGAAUUGUUAAAAAUCCAAUUUGAAAUGCUUAAAAGUAAUGCCGAGUGCCAUAUAAGAUUUUCUAACAUUUAUCUUCCUAUGUUGCGUUCCAUGUCACACCCACAUGGAUCAGAAAAGAAUCCAUGUCCUUGGAAAACUCUUAAGGAAGGUUCUUAUUACUUAAGUAAUGCAUAUCACUUAGUUGAAAUCUCCAAAUAUUAUAUAAGUAGUGAAAGCCUACAGUCAGUAAAUGAUGUGUUAGUAGAACUAGAAUUUGAUCCAGAACACAUAACAUCAGGGUAUACAGAUGAAGCUUACGGUGGAAAGGUUGAAUGCUUUGUUUCGAAAGGGCAAGGUACAACAUAUUACAAAUUAUUGCAUAGUGAGUUAAAGACAGAUGUAAGAUCGUUUAUAGAAAUGGUUGAACUUAAUAUUGACAUUCCUGUAAAAAGGUUUUUAAAGACAAUCUUGCUGAAAUUAGAGCAAUUAUAUCAAACUGAAAACACUCCAAUAUUUUAUGCUAUUGAGAAUGUUGCUUUCAAAAUUACCAAAUUACUUUUAGCCAAUAUAGCUAAUGUAAAGGAUAAUCCUGAAUUAUUGAAUAUUACUUACAUUGCACAUUUAGCGAUGCAUAAGAACAAGAACACCAAUUCUCAAUCGCAACGAGUAAUUUCACAAGUACAUAAUAAUUUUAAACAAUUACGAAUAUCUAAGGCAUCAUCUGUAUCAAGUGAACAUUCAGUACAUAAUUCAGAUAAUAUAAUCACUGCCACAAACGACUGUAAUAUUUAUUUAGCAAAUAAUAAGGAGAUAGUAGAAAACACAAACAAAUCUAUGGAAUUGAUGCCACCACCAAAAUUACCUCUGUCUUCAAACAAGGCUGUAUAUGCACAAAAGAACAGUGAUCAAGAAAAUGACAAAGAAAACAGAAAUGUCAGAGACUUAGAGACAAAGAAGAAUGAAAAACAAUGUAGUGCAAAGAAUAAAUAUCAAAGUGAGAAAAAAUGGGUUUUGACAGAUUUUGAUAUUGGUCGUCCACUAGGAAAAGGGAAGUUUGGCAAUGUUUAUCUAGCUAGAGAAAAGAAAUCAAAAUUUAUUAUUGCUAUGAAAGUGUUGUUUAAGGCACAAAUACAAAAAGCUGAUGUAGAACAUCAAGUAAGACGAGAAAUAGAAAUUCAAACACAUUUGAGACAUCCAAAUAUACUGAAAAUGUUUGGCUAUUUUCAUGACGAUAAAAGGGUAUACUUAAUUUUAGAAUAUGCUCCAAAUGGAGAGUUAUUCAAAGAAUUAAAUUCACAACCAGAGAAACAUUUUGAUGAAAUUAGGACAGCUACAUAUGUAUCUCAGUUGGCAGAUGCCCUAAAAUAUUGUCAUAGCAAGAAAGUCAUACACCGUGAUAUUAAGCCUGAAAACUUAUUACUUGGUAUGAAGGGUGAAUUAAAAAUGGCAGAUUUUGGAUGGUCUGUCCAUGCUCCUGCUUCCAGAAGAAACACUUUAUGUGGGACACUAGAUUAUUUGCCACCUGAAAUGGUUAUUGGGAAGACACAUGAUCAUACUGUAGAUUUAUGGAGUCUUGGUGUUUUAUGUUACGAAUGUUUAGUUGGAACACCACCAUUUUUAGCUAAAACUUAUGAAGAAACAUAUGUCAGAAUAAAAAAAGCUCAAUAUAAAUUUCCAGAUUACGUUAGCGAAGGAGCAAGAAAUUUAAUAUCCCAGUUGCUAGUUGUUAAUCCAGAUCAAAGGUUGCCUCUGGAAGAUGUUUUGAAACAUCCUUGGAUUGUACAAAAUCGAACAACAGAACCACAUAUUCAAUAAUUAAAUAAUUGGUUUUAACAAGUAUUCUUCUAUGUGAGUACAUUCCAUGCAUGAUGUAUUUUAUACUGUUAUUUUUAUUUACUGGGACCAUUACUAUUUAAAAUAGAUGUUCAUGUUAUUAAUUCUUCAAACUUCUUACUUUACAGAAGUUUCUGAGAGUCUGCAUUUGAUUUGCAUUAGACUGAAAAUUUAUUGGCAAGGGUACAUAUUUUAAAAAGACAUAACUGUUGAAAUAAAAACAUAAUGCAAGAGUAUAAUCAUACGUAUAUUCAACUUAUUCAAUAAGAUUAUGAAUAAUCAAUUGUAUAUAUUUAAAUAAUUGAAUAGAUUAUUCUUACAAAAUAAUUUCUUUAUCAAAGACAAAUCACAUAGGUCUAGUUUUUAAAAAAUAAAGGAAAAUAUAAAUUUCAGUUAAAAAUGGAUAACUAAGACUUAAUAUUGCAACUACAUCUUCGCAUAGUAAAGAUUAGACUGCUUCGACUAUAAAAAUAAAGUUAAAGUGUAUACACUUCUUAUUUCACUGUUAUUAAUCUGAAAGAGUAUUUAAAAAUGGAAGAUUGUUACAUACAUGUGUAAUAUUUUUAUUUCACGUUUCCAUAGGUUCCAUAACUACGUCUACUAUAGCUGUAUCUGUUGGAGUUUCCAUUGGAUAGUCAUCAGAUUUCUUUUUAAUUGAAUAUAACUUCUUCAGCUUUUCAUAAUGUUUUAUAUCCUGUAAGUUAUAAUGUGUUAUAUCUCAAUGUAGAGAUGUAGGUCAUAUAUUUCUGAAAAUACAUACCUUUUCUUGUACAGAUGGUCUUAUUUUAUCAAAUGCAGAUAAAAUAUGCCGCAUAGAGAUUUCUGGCUGUCCUGAAUAAUGUAUAUCCAUUAAUUCUCGUAAUGCUUCUAUGCCGGCUUCUCUGAUUAAAGCUGCUAAAUCUGCUCCAGUAUAGCCAUCACACUUUGUAUUAAAUCCUAUUUGUUCAAGGUUUACAUCCGCAGCUAAUUUUGGUUUAGUUGCAUUCUGUAUAGAUGAAUGGUUAAGAAUUAGAAUAAUAGAAGUUACCUUGAAAACAUUACCUUAUUUAUAUACAUUCAAUGCCUAAAAUACCUUUGUUAGUGCUCUUAAAAUAUCAACACGAUCUGUUGCAGUAGGCAAAUCUACAUACAAAAUUUUAUCUAAUCUUCCUGGUCUCAAAACUGCUGGAUCAAUAAUAUCAGGUCUAUUACUAGCAGCCAUUAAAAAUACUCCUCGACGUUCUUCUACUCCAUCCAUUUCUGUAAGCAUUUGAUUAACCACACGCGACGUAGCAGAAUUAUCGCCAUCCGAUCGCCUUGGACACAGAGCAUCCAAUUCAUCAAAAAAUAUAACACACGGUGCAGAAUUUCGCGCUCUCAUGAAACAUUGUCGAACAGCUUUUUCACUUUCACCAACGUACUAAAAGAAAGCGAAAUUGCAAUUAAUACGAAGUGCAGUCAUGUAACUCUUGACAUGUAGGUUAAUCAGAAAUUUACUAGCCACUGUUUCUCUUGUAAACGUAAAUAAUAAAUAUGAGGAAAAAAUAAGAGAAAAUAUAUCCUUUCGUUUCUAUACAUGCAUGACUCUAAAUGUAACUGUAUAGUAUCUAAAUUCGCCUUGAUAGAUGUCCCAGUAAAUAAAAGAUAGUUCUAUCCCAUAUCUUUUAAUUUUGUCCUCUCUCAUAUUUUCUGUAUACUUAUCCUUUAUGAGGAAAACGCUGACGAGCAAAUGUGUGACUAUGCAUAAAAUAAUUACCAUAUUUAAAAGUUCUGGCCCCUUAACAGAUAUAAAGUUGAUACCAGCUUCAUUUGCAAUCGCUUUGGCUAAUAGCGUUUUGCCACAUCCAGGUGGACCACAUAAUAAUACUCCAGUAGGUGCUGUUAAUCCUAAGGCUGUAAAAUGUUCGGAAUGUCGAACUGGACCCUAGAUUAUUAAAUUGAACAGAAAAAUGUAACUUAAAAAUAUAUGUUUGGUCUGUUUAGACAAAUAAAGAACUUUUAAAGAUA